AUAACGAGAAGCUGUCACCAGGGUUCUUGGAGUAAGAACCGUGUGCCAUCUGAGAAGAGGAAGGAGCGUCCGUCCGUUUCGUUCGGAUCUGUGAUAGCCACUGCUAGGAUCUGAACAGUCGCCGGUGUGAGGGCCGCGCCGGAGUGAGUCGCGCAGCAGGGGAGAGAGCCGCAGCCUUGGGGUUGCCUCGCUGCCGCUGUCGCGCAGCCUUGGUCUCCUGCCGACCGCCGCAGGCGCUGGGAAGAGAGGUUCGUUGUAUAUGGUCGAGUUACCAUCUGAGGGAGUGACCGUCCCAGUUCAGAAGAAAAACGAAGUCCGGUUCACAGAGUCUCGUGGGCAGAAUAAGGUUGUCUGUGCAAGAGAGAAACCUAGAGCCACUGGUCAGACUCAGGAUGAACGAGCGUGGAAAGGUUCAAGGAGGCCAGUUAGAGGUAUUUGUGGCAGUGGGAGCUCAAGAGGCGCUUCAGCCAAGUUGCCUAGAAGACAGUGGGUCAGGAGAACCAGUAUUCCAGCUGUUGGAACAUCUCCAGAAAAUUUCUUGCUGAGUAUGGAGAGUGUUUGUUCUCAAGAUGUUCCAGGAUCCGGCAGUGUGCGUCUGCAGUGGGAGCCGGUAGGGACCGAGGACGAGUCAGGGGCAGAUUUUGCCGUGACUGAUGUGUUGGAGCUUGGGAGAGCUUCAACGGGCCUUUCAGUUGUCUGAUGUUAGGGCCGCUGCAAUAGGAGAGCUGAGGAAGAUUACUCGAUGUACAGGGAAUCGUGGUGGAUGGCAGUUGAUGACUAUCAAGCCUCCAAGUGGGAGAAUGUUGGGUUUGUGGAGGCUUGGGCUUGACUUUUGGCCCGGCCCAUUUUACGAAACCCUAGAUGCACUCUUCCUAUAUAUAUUGCAUUCUUGUACUUGUAAUCAGUACCACAAGUGAAAUAAGAAAAUCCUCCCGUU